AACCCUAUUUUUUGUUAGCUCUGCUAUAUAACGUGAGUUGCUAAUUUGAGAAACAAAUCUUUAAACUUUCUUCAAAUCUUUUUAUCAAAAGAUAAAAUCAUAAUUCAAAUUAUUGAGAUUUUUAAUAUCAUUACUUCUACAACUGAUGAUAGCUUUGGAAAAUCAAUUUUACUCAACAAGUUUAAUUUGUUGAAGUGGGAUUCGUAAUUGAUGGUGCUUUGAACCAGUCUUGGAUUGUCUUUCUAUUUAUUCCUAGAAUCUUGGUAAUUGUUAGUUAAAAUAAAAUAUGAUUCCAUGAAUAUUUCUGAUUAGGUGAGAUAUUUUAGUUGUUAUCAGUUCUUUAUGAGACUAUAAAUGGGCACUCUCAUAAUUCAAUUAAAUGCAAAAAAUACUUUACUGUCAAAUUUUGUUCUUUUAUUGUUUUAUACCCAGCACAAUUGUGGUGAGCUAUCAUUGAAGUUUGAAGGAAAUUUAAAGUCUCAGAUUGAAAUUUUAAGUAUGUUGACCGAUAAACAGAGGAAAAGUUUAAAAAUAAUUGCCACACUUCUUAUAUAUAAAAAAAUUAAAAGACGUCAUAUUGGGAGAAGGCCGGAUACGAACUCUUCUCUUAGUGGAAGUGGAUAUGUACAAGAAAUAUUAGAUGGAAAUCCUGCGCAUUCUUUGGAAAUGUUAAGAAUGAAAAAAGAAGCAUUUUUAGCAUUAUGUCAACAUUUUAAAGCUAAAGGAUGGUUAAAAAACAGUCGCUACAUUUCAGUAGAGGAAAAAAUGGCAAUAUUUAUGUUCACUCUCAGUCAAAAUCAUCGAAACCGCGCCAUAAAACGGAGAUUCAACCAUUCAACUCAAACUGUACAUAACUAUUUUCAUGAAGUAUUACUGGCAAUGCUACAUUUUGCAAAGGAAAUGGUGAUACCUACUACUUUCGAUCCAGAUUUGAAUCAAGUUACAUAUCAUCGGCGACUUCGAAACGUAUUCAAGGGUGCUGUUGGCGCACUUGAUGGGACGCUUGUUCGUGCUUCCAUCCCACCUACACAACAAACACCAUACCGAGGCAGAGGGAGAGGAGAUUGCUAUCAAAAUGUGCUUGCUAUAUGUGAUUUUGACAUGAUUUUCACAUUUGUUUGGGCUGGAUGGGAAGGAGUAGCACAUGACUCACGAGUUUUGACAGAAACUAUGCGAGAUCCAAGUAAUAAUUUUCCUUUUACCCCACAUGAUAAAUAUUAUUUAUGUGAUGCUGCCUAUCCAAACACUAGAGGAUUUAUGGCUCCUUAUCGUAACACACGAUAUUGGUUAUCAGAUUUUCGAAACGAUCGUGCUAGAACAAAAGAAGAAAUUUUUAAUCAUGCCCAUGCUAGAUUAAGAAAUGUUAUUGAGCGAUCUUUCGGAGUUUUAAAAGCAAGAUUUCCUAUUUUGAAGACAAUGCCAUCAUACUCAUUUGCUGUGCAAAGAAACAUUGUUAUUGCCUGUGUUUCUGUGCAUAACUAUCUACGCAAAAUGAAUAUUACAGAUGAUUUUUUUGAGCAAUUUGAUAGAGAGGAGGUGAUUUUUCAAGGAGCUAACAAUAAUGUUAUGCAAGAAGGAACACAAAGACGAAUAGAUCAAAUGUUUAUGGCGAAUUUAAGAGAUCAAAUUGCAAAUGAGUUGAUAAACAGGAGAGUUUAA